UGUUUUUCUCGGAACGUGUUUCCUUACUCUUAAGUUUGCCAUGUCGGGACGCGGGAAGCAGGGCGGCAAGGCUCGCGCCAAGGCCAAGACGCGCUCGUCGCGCGCCGGGCUCCAGUUCCCGGUGGGCCGCGUCCACCGCCUGCUCCGCAAGGGCAACUACUCGGAGCGGGUCGGGGCGGGCGCGCCGGUGUACCUGGCGGCCGUGCUGGAGUACCUGACGGCCGAGAUCCUGGAGCUGGCGGGCAACGCGGCCCGCGACAACAAGAAGACGCGCAUCAUCCCGCGCCACCUGCAGCUGGCCAUCCGCAACGACGAGGAGCUCAACAAGCUGCUGGGCCGCGUGACCAUCGCGCAGGGCGGCGUCCUGCCCAACAUCCAGGCCGUGCUGCUGCCCAAGAAGACCGAGAGUCACCACAAGGCCAAGGGGAAGUAAAACUUUUUUCCCCCAGACGGGCUUUUUCCUAACCAAGAAAGAGUUAACAACCUAAAAAGGCUCUUUUAAGAGCCACC